AUGUGGGCAAGUCCUAUCCUAGCGCAACGCUUUUCGCCCUUUUUGGAUCCUCCGGUGCAAAGAGACAGAUGCGUGGCACUCCAGGCAACCCGGACGAGGGCGAGGAAAUAUACCGGGGACAUCUGGAGGGAUCCGCAGCUGGGUCGUUGGGUGUCGGCUGAAGGUCCAUCGCUGAUACUUCUUCAGGGCAAUUCCCAGUCAAUUGAUCGCUUGGAGCGCUUCAGCAUCGAGAUCACCAAGCAUUUGGAGCGGCAAUGCCCCGUAGCCUACAUCCUGAGCAGUUUCAUCGAGUUGGACGAACCCAAUCUCUUGCGGCAACUUGCCAUUCAAAUUCUCCAGCAUGUUUCUUUACGAGACCCGGCUCCUUUUCUCGUGGGCAUUGUCUCCCAAUUCUCUGCGGCUACAGGUUGGCAAGAUUGGUUCGUUAUCCUGAAACAUGUCUGUUCGUUCCUCUCCAAUUUGUCCAUAAUAGUCGACUGUGGCGCCAUUCACCACUCUUCUGCAAGUGAGGCACGAUGGGCAACCCAAUUCCAGGCCCUUUGCGACGGCUUUGGCCAAAGAGAACGAAAGAUUAACUUGCGAGUGAUGCUUCUUGGAUGUCGACCGUUCGUGUUAAGGUCAAAUACGACAACUAUCAUUUCCGUUGAGCAGGUCAAGCCACCCCCAGCAUUCCAUCGGCAACUGCCUUCGAGUGACCAGUAUACACUUUGCGAAUCCAUUCCCGUUUGUAAUUCCACUUGUACAGCUCACGAAAUGAACGAUUUAGAUAAUGUCAGCAUGAGACCAAAGAGCACAGCGCAUUGUGAUGAUGAGAAGACUACCAGAACGACCGGAGGGGUUGUAGGCAAAGCAGCCAAGGAGACCUAUUCUUCGAGAACAGCCAUGGAUUUCAUGGUCAGAGACCGUGACUAUACCUUCUUUGCAAACCCUCUGCCAAAGUUUCCACCGGAGAGUCGACGAGACAUCGAGACUGCCAUCAUCUGCGCCUUGACAUUAGAAGCCGAUGCUGUCGAGGCAGUCUUUGACAAUUAUUGCGAUGCGAGUAGUUACGGCAAGCUUGAGGGCGACACGAACGCGUAUUCAAUCGGACUGAUUGGCCGUCACUGCGUGGUUCUUGUCCAUAUGCCAAGCAUGGGGAAAAGCAAUGCUGCCACAGUGGCGGCAAAUUGCCGAGCUACUUUCCCAGAGAUCAGGCUGGCCUUGCUGGUAGGCAUUUGCGGCGGCGUUCCGUUGGUGAAUGGUGCAGAGAUUCUCCUUGGGGAUGUUGUUAUAAGUGAAGGCAUCAUCCAAUACGAUUUUGGGAGGCAAUAUGCCGAUGGAUUCAGAAGGAAGAGCGGUCCCUUUGAUACUACCAGCAAGCCGACAGCGGAAAUCAGGAGCCUUCUAUCCAAGGUCAAGGGCCUGAGGGGCCACAAGAGACUCAAGGACAGGACACGACAUCACAUCAGCGUCCUCCAAGACAGACUCGGGAGCUGGGCAACGUAUCCAGGGAUUGCCGAAGAUCAACUUUUUGAGCCAACGUAUCGCCACAAACACCGAAAGCCACUGGCUUGCCCCGGCUGCGUGGAUAUCGGUGGUGAUGUCAGCAGGGCGUGUGAGCUUGCCCGGAUCUCAACCUGCGAGACUCUCAAGUGUGACCCUGGCAGGCUGAUUGUUCGACAGCGGCAUGCAGCAAUAAACUCCCAACGGGUCACAAGAGGCCAAGAAGUCGCACAGUCUCUUGUACACUUUGGCCUGUUUGCCUCUGGUGAUAGAGUGAUGAAGUCUGCGGAGGAUCGUGACAAGAUCGCAAAAAGCGAAGGCAUCAUCGCAUUCGAGAUGGAGGGCGCCGGCGUUUGGGACACGUUCCCCUGUCUGAUAAUCAAGGGAAUAUGUGACUACUCCGACAGUCACAAGAACAAGAAAUGGCAACGUUAUGCAGCUGUCACUGCGGCUGCAUGCUUGAAGGCUUUCCUAGAGGAGUGGGCCACGCACGACAAGUUGUACGAAGCUGGAGAGACGUCAAUUACGAGGGGUUAUGUCCGCUCGAGUAUCAGCGAACAAACUGCUUCACAAAGCCUGACGUAG